UCAAACCAUAGCGGUUCUCUCAUUACCAAAUAACACUCAUCUCAUCUUUAAUCUUCAUCAUCAUAAUUAAAUCACAUUCUCAUCUCUAUAUAUACUACUAAUCAUAAUCAUAAUAAUAACAAUUCAUAUUCAUAUAAUCAUAUAUUCCUUUCAAUUUUCUUUCCUCUCCAUUCCUUUGCACUCAAAUUACUCUCCUCUUCUCUCUAUCAAAAGAAUCCAUGGCCACCGCAUCUUCUAUCACAAACAAUCAAGAGAAGAGAAUAGAUCCAGAUGAAAAUGUUCUACAAAAACACGUUGCGUUCUUCGAUCGAAACCAUGACGGUAUCGUCUAUCCAUGGGAAACAUUCCAAGGAUUUCGAGCAAUAGGUUGUGGAUAUUUGUUAUCGUCAGUGGCUUGUAUUUUCAUAAAUUUGGGUCUCAGUCAGAAAACUCGUCGGGGAAAAUUUCCUUCAAUAUUUCUACCAAUAGAAAUUAAAAAUAUUGAGAAAGCAAAACAUGGAAGUGACUCUGGUGUCUAUGAUAGCCAAGGAAGAUUUGUUCCUUCAAAAUUUGAAGAGAUUUUCAGCAAGCAUGCAAAAAAGAAUCCAGAGGCAUUAACAUCUGAUGAAUUGAUGGGGUUGUUAAAGGCAAAUAGAGAGCCUAAGGAUUAUAAAGGAUGGCUUGCUAGUUACACAGAAUGGAAAAUUUUAUAUGUUCUUUGCAAAGAUAAGUAUGGUUUACUACACAAGGAAACAGUUCGUGCUGUUUAUGAUGGAAGCUUGUUUGAACAAAUGGAAAAGGAACAUUCAGAAAAGAAAAAUAAAUAAAUAUUUACUUGUUAUGUUGUGAUAUUAGGAGUUUCUAUGUGAAUUUCUAUUUGUGAUUCUUCAAGUAAUUUUAAUAAUAUUCAUAGAUUGUGAUAUUGCCAUGGGUGUUUUGUGUGAGUGUGGAUCUUAAGGAAUGAGGUUUAAGUUAUAUUUAUUAUAUUUUAGAUUAGGAUAUAGGUGGUUUGCUCAUGUAAAUGUCACCUUUUUUAUUUUAUUUGAUUUACCAUAGUAUCACAUUGUGCA